AAUCUCACCCUGCAGCGUCUGCAGUUACGGCGCGAGGCGAGGACAGAGCGGGUGGCGCCCGCGCGCGAGCCUCCCUCGGUCACUGGGGUGCGCGUGGCGGGGAGGAAGGAAGGCUCGCGGCGGUUAAAAAGCGGCGGCGCACGCGCACGGGGAGUGGUUAUGAUAGCAUUUGCUGGAAGCACACUUUGUUGUUGAAGGAUUUAUUAGUGAUUGAUUCAGUUUCUAGUUUGAAGUCAUGUCAGGAUCAACUCCAAAACAGACCUCCAGUCCGCAGACAGUUGCUGGUGUUCCGGAUCCUGCUCCUGCUGGACCUGAAGUCCCAACUGACAGCUCCUUUGGUGAGCAAAACCUUAGCUUCACCACCACAGACCUCAACCUGGUGGAAAUGACGGAAAUAGAGUACACCCAGCUUCAGCACAUACUCUAUUCACACAUGGAGGCACAAGGAAACGAAGGCGAAAUGGAAGCUAGGCUCAAUUCUGCUUUCUUCUCAGCUAGUAAUUCUGCAGAUCAACCUCAGCACCAGUCCUCAGUGAACACCAAUCAAGCUGGCUUUUCAUCCUACUCUGGGAACCAGUCAGUUUACCCAAUUAUCUGUCAGUCAGGUCUGUCUUCUGACAGCAAUUCAAUGGGUUCAAACCAAUGUCUGGGGCACAUUGACUUUCAAGAGCUCAGAAUGAUGCUACUUAGUGAAUCUAAUCUCCCUUCUAAUGAAGUAGAUAAAACACCUAAUAGUAGCUCUGUAGAAGUCACAGGGCACAGUUUAGUAAGAGUUAAACAUGGUGAAAAUUUUGGUGGGACAAAUAAAGAAACUGUACUUGUUGAAAAUUCAGCACCAGCUCCUGAGCCUAGAUCUAAAUCUGCAGUUCGUGUUCGUUUGGAAGACAGAUUCAACAGCAUCCAGACAGAAAAUCCCAGAUGCCAAGAGCCACAAGAAUCUGGAGUGACUCUUAACAAUUUAGUAACACUUAUUCGUCAACCAGCAGAACUAAUGAGUGUGCCUCUUCACCAGCAGCAGAAUAAAUGUACUACAUUAGUGAAAAAUAAGACUGCUGCUGCAGCUACUGCUUUACAGUUCACAUAUCCAUUAUUUACUAUGAAUGCCUGUUCUACUUCUGGAAGUGCUAACCCUUCACAAACACAGAACUCUGGCACAUCAUGUACUAUUCUGGAAGCUGCAAAACAUCAAGACCUUGGAUUACCUAGAGCAUUCUCUUUCUGUUAUCAUCAGGAAAUUGAAUCCACUAAACAAACAGUAGGCACUAGGAAUAAAGCUUUACCUGAACAAGUUUGGAUUAAAGUAGGAGAAGAAGCUUUAUGUAAACAAGCAAUAAACAAAAGAAGUCGCAGCAGAAUACGCCAGUUGGAUGCAAAUGUAGACCGCAAACCUCUUAGUGAAAUUCAAAAUAUAUGUGAUAGCCAAAAUACUGCAUCUGCACAAGGUACUUGGCAGUCAACACAGGUAAAUUCAAGUAUGCUGGCACAGAGUGGAACUCAGGGAGGAAUCUCUCAGCGCCGGGAGAGACAUAACCGCAUGGAAAGAGACAGAAGGCGCAGAAUCCGGAUUUGUUGUGAUGAAUUGAAUCUUCUGGUUCCAUUCUGCACUGCUGAUACUGAUAAGGCAACAACAUUACAGUGGACAACAGCAUUUUUGAAAUAUAUUCAGGAAAGGCACGGGGAUUCCUUGAAAAAGGAAUUUGAGACUGUGUUCUGUGGUAAAACAGGCAGGAGACUAAAACUAACAAGAGCUGACUCAUUAGUAACAUGUCCAAUGCAGGAAAACAUACAGAAUAGCACACCAAUGGAGAUCAAGUAAUUUGAACUAAAUACCCAGCGUUUUAUGGAAAGUAUUGAUACCUAAUGAUGUU